AUAUAGUUUUUUUGUUAACUUAAGUGUUUGUGGCGCUGUGUUUGAAAUUUAUAACUAAUUUUAUUGUUACACAAAUAAGUUGUGUAAACAUUUGAAUAAUGAGUGAAUUAACCGAAGAGGAAAAGUUUAAGACAAAAGACAUAUCGGAUAUAAUCGGCGAAUGGGGUGUUUGGCAGAGAAAUCUCAUGAUUUAUGUCUUUAUUUUGAUGACUAUAUUGGCUUACAAUGACCUGGGAUUCAGUUUCUUUGCUUAUCAGCCGGAGUUUUGGUGCAAUGAUGUGCCCAUAGAUUAUGAGAAUAAAACUAUUGAUAUGAAAUGCAAUCAAUUUAUAAAUACCAGUCAAGUGUGCACUCAAUGGAAGUUUAAUUCACAGGAAUUUGAUAAAUCAAUCAUAUCUGAGUUUAAUUUAGUAUGCGAUCGGUCAAACUUAGCAUCACUUACACAAUCAUUUUAUAUGUUGGGAUAUGUGGUAUCGGGUCUAAUAUUGUCAUCACUUCCCGAUAGAUAUGGUCGCCGACCACUUUGUUAUAUAUACUUUCUCAUAGAGAUAAUUGCAUUGAUUGCAUGUGCCUUAUCUGUGAAUGUAUAUCAAUACAUAAUUUUCCGCUUAUUUGCCGGUAUUGGCGGCUGUGGUCGUAGUGGUUGUAUGUGUACAACAUUGAUGGAGAAUUUGGGUCCAAAACAUCGAUCAGAUAUAUACCUGUCAUCAGGUAUGGGAUGGUUAGUUGGAUACUGUUUAAUACCUAUUGUGGCCUAUUAUGUGCGUGAUUUCCGAUACAUGCAUUGGGCAAUAGUCUGUCCACUUGUUUGUAUGGUUUGUUGGCUUUUCUUUUUAAAUGAGUCGCCGCGUUGGCUCAUAACCACCGGUCGCACGGAAAAAGCCAAACGGGUUUUGCGCGGUAUUUGUGAACAAAACGGGUUGAAUACCGACAACUUUGAAGAAAAAUUUACCGAACUUAAGACACAUAUACAUCUGAAUCGACAAAAAGAGAAGUCAUUUACAUCCUUUGAUUUGGUUCGCACACCAAAUCUUCGCAAGUAUUCACUGAUAUUUUGCAUAUCAUGGCUUGUAAUCGGUUUAGUCUAUUAUGGAUUCAGUCUAAAUAUGGCUGAUUUUGGUGGAAAUGUUUACUUAUCUUUUCUAUUGGGAGGUGUUGUUGAGUUUCCCUCAUCUAUUAUAUCAAUUUUCACAAUUCGUUAUUUUGGUCGUAAAAAAUCAUUUUUUGGUUUUCUCGUCAUUAUAUCAUUGGCCUCAUUAGCUGUCAUCCCAUCGACAUCAACAGUACUUAAAGUCACGUUUGCAUUGAUCGGUAAGUUUGCUGUCGGCACUGUCUGGUGGGUCGUUGAAGUGUACGUACCUGAGCUCUAUCCGACGCUAAUGCGUAACUGUGCUUCGGGUUCAUCACAAGCCAUGGCAAGACUAGGAUCAACUGUAUCACCAUUUAUGGGAGGAUUGGCAUCGAAAUAUAGUCUUACUUUUGUUAUGAUAUUUUAUGCGACUAUUUCAAUGAUUAGUGCAUUUCUGUCUCUAUUAUUGCCCGAAACUAAAGGUAAGGAAUUGCCGGACACUUUGGCUGACGUCGAGUAUUUGGAAACAGAUAAGCCGUACGCUGUUAACGACACAACCGAUGAUAAUGGACUACUCGACCAAACUCAUGUGUCCGAUAUCAUCGGUCAAUGGGGUAAAUGGCAAACAAAUGUAUUUAUUUUUGGGUUUGUCAUUCACGCUAUGAAUGCCAUCAGUAAUAUGAGUUAUACAUUUCACUCAUAUAAAAAUCAAUUUUGGUGUAAUGAUAUGCCAAUUGAUUAUCCGUUUAAUUUAGUGUGCGAUAAUUCAAACGUGGCUUCAAUAACUCAAGCAUCGUAUUAUAUAUCAUAUAUAGUAAAUGGAUUAGUAUUGGCUGACCUAAUGGACAGAUAUGGCAGAAAACCAAUUAUAUUAAUCGCUAUUAUUAUAGAGGCAUUGGGAUUGUUAUCGUGCGGUCUAUCAGUAAAUAUGGUUCAAUACGCAAUAUCCCGAUUUUUUGUGGGAUUAGGAUCUGCUGGAAGAGGAGCUAUUGGCACCAUUGUACUUGAAUAUUUAACACCUAAACAUAGAUCGGAUAUAAGUAUAUUAUUGGGAUUGGGUUGGGUUGUCGGUUAUGUUUUAGUACCAGUCUAUGCCUAUUGGUUACAAGACUUUCGUCUAAUGAAUUUUGGUGCCGUUGUGUGGACCACACUAUUAAUAGUUUGGUGGUAUUUCAUUGACGAAUCUCCCCGUUGGCUAAUCACAAGUGGACAGUUAGAUAAAGCAGAGACAACUAUGAGAAAGAUAUUGAAAUUGAACGGCAAAAGUGAUGAACAUUUGAAACAACAACUCAUUGAAUUAUCACAACAUUUAGAUAAACUAAAAACUGAAAAUGAAAUCAAACAAAAAGUAUCAGUAAUUGAUUUGUUUAAAACAAGUAAAUUAAGACGAUAUACAAUAAUUAACAUAUAUAUUGGCACUGUUUUGGCAUUUAUUUAUUACGGAUUUAGUCUAAAUAUGGAUCAUUUUGGCGGAAAUUUUUAUAUAACAUUUAUGUUGUCAGGACUGGUAGAGUUGCCAAUCAAUGUCCUCACUAUACUUACAAUGAAAUAUAUCCGACGAAAUCCAUUGUUCGCUUCGUAUGUCAUUAUUGUGGCCAUUGCUUCAUUGGGCGUCACUUUUGCUGGUAAUCACACUGUUUUGAAAGUCAUGUUUGCAUUGAUAGGAAAGGCCGGUGUGACCAGUGGUUGGACAGUAUAUGGUAUGCAUUGUAGUGAAAUUUUUCCUACUUUACUACGAAGUAGAGGACAAGGACUCAUAUCGUUUAUUUCAAGAGUUGGUCCAAUCACUGCCCCAUUCAUGAAAGAUCUGGCAGAGGCAACACAUUUAUCAGUAGUUAUGGUUAUCUAUAUAAUUACCUCAUUAUCUGCAGCUUUGUUGACCUUUCUAUUGCCCGAAACAAAAGAUAUUGAAUUACCCGACACUAUCGUACAGACAAAAACAUUAGGAAAAGAUGUCAAAGAUUUGCCAUAA